AUGUACCUGGCUUUAAGUGGCCCAUUUCCAGAAAAUUUGGAUUUGCUUCCCCGCUGUCUCAUGCGUUACACGAGAUUGAUCGAUGACUUCAAAUUGCAAUUAUCAAAAAUUGAUGUAAUUCCUGAUGAUGUUUCUUCUUAUAAGACUCAAGAAUAUUGGAAUCAACGUUAUUCCAAAGAAUCAUCAAACACUACUUUCGAUUGGUUUAAAACGUAUAAAGAUUUAAAGCCUUUAUUUGAUGAACAGUUACAAAAUAAAGAUGCUUCAAUUUUGAUGUUAGGUUGUGGAAAUUCGACACUAUCUGAGGAUAUGUAUGAUGCAGGAUAUCAUAAUAUAACAAAUGUUGAUUUUUCAGAAAUUGUGAUUGAGAACAUGCGAAAUCGAUGCAUUGAUAAGGUUGGAAUGUCGUGGUUAGUAAUGGAUAUUCGAGAUCUAAAAUUUCCAGAUGAGAUGUUUGAUGUAAUUAUUGAUAAAGGUACGAUGGACGCAUUGAUGAGUGAUGAAGGUGAUGUAUGGGAUCCAAAACCAGAAACUGUCGAGAAUGUUAAGAGGGGAGUUGACCAAGUUAGUGUUGAAAGUCGGCGGAAAGGUAUUUAUUUGCUAUUUUAUAAUCCAAGGCAUUCUGUUCAAAAUUUAAUUUUUAGGUGUCUUAAAGAUCGUGCUGGGACAUUAACUUCAAAAAAUUGGGUAAACUACAAUAAUUGUUUGAAUUCAAUUGAAGUUAUUUCCUAA